ACAUGGCAAGACUUGGGGAUCAAACAAUUACCACUUACACCCCAACUGACUCUCUUCCUCCAAUACCCCAGCUCAAUAUCUUAUACAGACAAACACCUGACAGUGAUGAUGAUUCUAGCAACCCGCAACCUCAUACCUGGAAACAAACUGAACGCCCCACCACCACAAUGCUACAACACAAAAUUAGACAAUACCUCCGAUAUGACUUGCUCGCGGCUACCACUCACAAACAAGCCUCUACCACGCUCCUUAAUUGGCAAAG